AUGUUAUUCUCUGUGUCCACCACAACCAGGAUUGUACUCGUGGGGAAGACUGGUGCUGGCAAAAGCUCCUCAGGAAACACCAUCCUGGGCAGGAAAGCCUUCAGAGAUGCCAAGUCAAGCUGCUCUGUGACUAAGGAGUGUUGUAAAGAGACUGAGGUGGUGGCUGGUAGACAGGUGGUGGUAGUGGACACACCUGGCAUAUUUGAUACAGAUCUAUCUGACCAAUAUUUAGAGAUGGAGGUCAGUAAAUGCAUCAACAUGACAUCUCCAGGUCCUCAUGCAAUUGUACUGGUCAUAAACCUGGGACCUUUCACAAAGGAAGAGCAGCUUACAGUACAUAGAAUCAGGGAAUUGUUUGGUGAUAAAUCUGACAGGUACAUGAUGAUCCUCUUCACUCAUGGCGAUGAGCUAGAUGAGGGCAUUGAAGACUAUUUGAAUGAGGAACAGAAAGACCUGAAGCUCCUAGUUGAGCAGUGUGGUGGAAGGUACCAUGUGUUUAACAACACUAAGAUGGAUGAGAGAAACCAGGUUCUAGAUCUUAUAGAGAAGAUUGACCGAAUGGUAGAAGUGAAUGGUCAAAGCUACUACACCAAUGACAUGUACCAGGAGGUUGAGGAGAAGCUUGUUGAGAAGGAGGAAGAGCUAAAGGGUCAAUAUCUUAACCCUCUGUUCCAGGUAUAUCCUGAUCAAUAG